AUGGGCUGUGCAGAGAGCAAGGAUGGCGAGGGCGAGACUCAAAACCAUAGGCCUAAAUACCGGUCCUGCACUGAUGUCUUCUGGCUGGCGCUUUAUAUUAUAUUUUGGCUAUUUCUGAUUGUGAUAGCGAUAUUUUCGUUUUUUUAUGGCAAUCCUCUGCGAAUCAUCAAUGGCUACGACUCUUUUGGCAACACCUGUGGAGUUAAGAACAAUGAGCGUUUCCAUGAUUUUCCCCUGUCCGGCAUGAACACCGUAGACAAGCCCGAACUCUUCUACUUCGAUGUGAAGGAGUUAAAAAAGUCCUUGAAGAUAUGCGUAAAGACCUGCCCCGCCAAAACACUGACCAAGCCCAGUGAGCUGCUUCAGUACUACACUCAAACGGGCAGCCAUCUCUGCAAAUAUGACUACAACAUGGAUCAGCUCAGUACGUUGGGAAAUGAUGGCAAGACCUUCAACUUUCUCGGCCCAUGUCCUAGUUUUCCGGUCUACGAGAGUUCUCCUGUUCUGCAUCGCUGCGUGCCGAAGGGCACUGGAGAUAAGGUGCAGGAAUUUUACAAGAUGCUCAAUAACUGGGACGUGGCAGCACAAUUCCUCAACGACAUCUACUCCAGUUGGCACAUCAUUGCCAUGGUCUGUGGUAUAGCCCUGCUUAUAUCGAUUGCUCUGGUUACCAUGAUGCAUUGGCUCUCUCGCAUCGUCUCCUGGGUCAUUUGUGUGCUGGUGAUUGUGGCCAGCAUUGGCCUGACGGCGGCUCUGUGGUACGCCUACUACAACAUCAAGUACAAGUCGGGACAAGUGAACACACAGUACUCCCUGCUGGAGGAGUUUGUGCGCAAUCAGCAGGCAGUGCUAACGCUGGCCGUCCUGGCAACUAUAACAAUGAUAAUCCUUUUGGUUGUUAUCUACUUUCUGAAGAACAAACUGGCUGGUUUGUCGGCCCUCUUCGAGGAAGCUGGUCAAUGCAUGAUGAAUCUGCCAGGUCUUUUGAUUGCUCCGCUCUUGGCAUUCGUUGUGCUAAUUGCCUUUCUGAGCUUCUGGGUUGCAGUAGUCGUCUGCCUGGCCACAGCCAGCUCUCCGGGUCAGGGUCCCAUUUCUCCGUUUGACAAUACGGCCGAAGUACAUCAGUCGCUGCCUGCCAACGCGUUGUUCGCGAGCAACAAUACCAGCCUCAACGAUCAGAGAAUCACUAAACGUGUAGAGUAUGCCGAUGCCAGUGCCCUGCGGAGCAUGUUCUGGAUAUAUGUGGUGGGUCUCAUUUGGACGGUGGAGUUCAUUUUUGCCUGUCAGCAGUUUGCAUUGGCCGCUGCUGUGGCCUUCUGGUACUUUGGCAAGCCCACCACAACGCCCACAUUGUAUGCCAUUGGAAAGCUGGUCAAAUAUCAUCUGGGAACCGUUGCCAAGGGAUCCUUUGUGAUCACUAUAUUCAAGAUUCCUCGCCUAAUACUCACCUAUUUGUAUGCCAAGCUAAAGAAGGGCGAAGACAAGGGUUCGGAGUGUGCCGCCUGCUGCUUAAAGUGCUGCAUUUGUGGCUUCUGGCUGCUGGAGAAGUUCAUACGCUUUCUCAAUCACAAUGCCUACACCGUUGUGGCGAUCGAAUCAAUUAACUUUUGCCCAGCUGCCGGAAUCGCUUGGAACGCCAUGGCCACCAAUGUCCUGCAGGUGGCCACAAUCAACAGCGUUGGCGACUUUAUUCUCUUUUUGGGAAAGGUUGUGGUGGCCGCUCUGUCCGGCCUGAUUGGUAUUUUCAUGCUAAAGGAUAUGCCGGGUCUGAACUUCUACAUGGCCCCCGUAAUACUCAUUAUUAUAUUUUCAUUCUUCAUCGCCCACAUUAUCCUGUCGCUCUUUGAGAUGGUGGUGGACACUUUGUUCCUGUGCGUUUGCGAGGAUAAACAAAUCAACGGCCGCGCUGGUCGUUGGGCUCAAAGCAAUCUAGCCAAAUUGGUUGGCGAGGAACCGCUGCAACCCGGCGAGGAGCCGCCCAUUCAGGUGGUGGAGAUGAUGCCCAUCAACAAGCAGCCGUUCAGUAUUACACGACUCCCUCCAUCUGACCCAGAGGUUGCCCCCAUGUCGGAAGAGUAACACUGCAAACACGUCUUUUUCUAUUUAUUCCAAGCCUCCCGAAACUCAACGCACAUCUCACUAGGAUGUUAAUAUAUUAAUAUUUAUAUAUACUUAUAGCCCAGUCUUAGGACUAUCUCCGUCGCGACGUACAAAGCCCAAAAGUGAGAGCGAAUAGUAACAUGUAAUCUUGUCUAUUGAUAUUCUAAUUAAGAAUGCACAAUUUAUAUAUGAAUGUGUUUAUAAAAUAUAAUCCUUUUGUAUUUAA